AUGCGCCAUGUCUUCCGCAAGACCAGUCUCAACGGCGGCUGGAGUCUGAAAUCCCCGUCGAGUUUCACGGCGGCCGAGAUCGCCUGGGUCAAUUCCUUUGAGCAGACUCCUACUUGGUUGGCACAAUCGAUGAAAGAAGACAUCUACUUUGUCAAAGAGGAAGCUGCAAAGCUCUGGGAUGAGUACAUGGACCGUGCCCCGGAGCUCUUCAAUGGUGUCUCGCUCCACGCCGACAUUCUGCGCUUAUAUGCCGAAGACGUCGCUCUGGAUGCAGCUACUGAGGUGAACCGAGGCCUAGGGUCGCUCAUGGACGAGAUCUCCCAAUCCGAGCUCGUGAGGGAAUACCCCGGGUUUGCUGCGGCUGUCAAGUCCAAAGAACUUGCCGGUGCGCUUGCCGUGCAAGGCUUUACCCUCGGCAUCCACUUGUUCGUGGGGAAGCUGAUCGAUCGAAUCAUGGAGCUCGGUGGAGAGUUCACCUGGAACUGCUCGGUCCAGAGAAUCCGCCGCAACGCUGCUGGGGAGGUAACUUUGCUGGAAUCACAGAUGGGACCUCUCCAUGGGAAUCAUUUCGUGAUCAGCACUGGGGUGACGAGAAAUGGACUCCUAGAUGGCACGGCCUCGGAGGGACUGGUGCACGGAGUGUUAGGCGUGUGGCUGCAGCUCCCAAACCUGGACCCGAUGAUUAGGAAUUCCAUCAAAAUUCAUCGCCGCGGCUCGCUGGUCGAAGACAUCAACGUGACCGUAUCGAGAAAUGCUCAGACGAACGAAGAGGUGCUCCUUCUUGGGGGCGGAUACGGGUAUGUUGGAUUGGAUCACCCGUCCCCAGAGACUCCAGAACUGCAGGCCCUUUUUGACGAGCUCGAGCGAGUGGCGCAUAUGUACUUCCCGGCGGGAUAUCGCUUGGCAAAGGAGCAAGGGACCCUGUGGCCGGAGGGGGAACGGAAAUUCUGCAUUCGACCGUUCACUUGUACGGGGUUGGGUAUCUUGGAGGACAUCGGCACUGCAGGGGGUGGACAUCUCCUCAUCACGGGCGGGAACAACACCGGCGGCUUUGCCCAAGCGCCCGCCAUUGCACGUGCCGUGUGUCGCGCCAUUGCUGGGGAGCACGACCCCGUCCAUGUGCUCUUUAACCCCCAUCGGAGCAAGCUGGUCUCCCCAGUGCAGUACAGUAAUGCCAGUCUGUAG